AGGAAUCGCAAACGCCAGUUAUUAUUCAAUCGCAUCGCCGGCGAGAGAGAGAGAGAGAGAGAGAGAUGUCGAAGAAGAACAACUUGGCGACUCGGAAAAGGCAGCACGAAUUCGAUCUGAGAAGGGAACAAAAAGACAAAGAAAAGAAGGUACAGAAGUUGCAAGCGAAUAAGAAUAAGAUGAAAGUUGAUGGUAGUAAUAAUAAGAACAAGAAGAAGAAAGGGUCGAGUGGAUUUCAAGUUGGGAAGAAAAAGUUGAAGACUAAGGUUACAGCUACAGUUAAAGCUAAGGCAUUACAAGCUAUGGAACUAGAUAAGUGAAAUUGGAUCAUAUUGUGAAAAAAAAACCCUAGAUGAUGAUUUUGAUGUAUUAUUGGAAUUCUUUUCUCUUUGAUUAAGAAUAUAUGAUUUUGUUGAAUUUAAUUUGCU